GCGGGCUCGGAAGCGGCAGGCGUCUGAGGAGGCUUGGACCUGCUGGAGACAACCCAGCUGCUCUGCGGAUGCUGUGAGCCAGGAGCAAAGCGGGGCCCAAAAGCGGGAGAGCUCCAGGAUCCCUCCCCAGAAGAGGCAGAGAAGAGCCGUAACCUGCUUAGCUGCAAACACUGCCGCAGAUCGUCUGCAUGUGUCCACACUGCCGCUUUCCUGAACACCUGAGAUCCAGAGAAGAGCCAAGGUGAAGCUCCACAUGCCCAUGAAGCAGGCCAAGAGCCGAGACAGCAGCUCUUGACCUCACAAGCGGUGUGCCUGCAGGUUUUAUACUGGGAAGUAUGGCUGCAAAGAAACUGAGAAGAGCAAAGCUGUCUCAAGAGCUGUGCGAAAGGCUGAGUCGGUAUCAGAUCACUACCUGUCAGGACUUUUUGUGUCUUUCACUCUUGGAGCUAAUGAAAGUGACGGGACAGAGCUACAGAAAUGUGCAAAAACUUCUUCGUCAAGUCAGCCUCGCUUGUGCUCCCAAAAUGCAGACAGCUUAUGAAAUGAAAGUAAGGAGGUCUGUCAAUCCCUCUUCAGCUUUUUUAUCCACCACACUGCAUAGCUUGGAUAAAGUCUUGCAUGGUGGAGUGCCCUGUGGAUCCCUCACAGAGAUAACAAGCCCUCCAGGUUGUGGCAAAACUCAGUUUUGUAUUAUGAUGAGUGUGCUGGCUACGCUACCUGUAAGCAUGGGAGGACUGGAUGGGGCUGUGGUAUACAUUGACACAGAGUCUGCAUUCAGUGCUGAAAGGUUGGUUGAGAUAGCAGGAAACAGAUUUCCUACUUAUUUUGACUCCGAUGAAAAGCUAUUUUGCAUGACCCGUAGCGUUCAUCUGUAUCGAGAGCUGACCUGUGACAGUGUACUGAAGAGGAUUAAGUCUUUGGAAGAAGAGAUUAUUUCAAAGAAGGUUAAACUCAUAAUAAUUGACUCUGUUGCUUCAGUUGUCAGAAAGGAGUUUGACACAAAACUCCAAGGCAAUCUGGCAGAGAGAAGUAACUUUUUGGCUAGAGGAGCAUCACUAUUGAAGUAUUUGGCAGAGGAGUUCUCAAUACCACAACCCAGAAUGUGUUGCACUCGCAUCAGGCUUAUGUACCAGCUAUCGGUUAUCUUGACGAAUCAGAUUACCACAUCACUGAGCAAUGGCCUUGCAAUCCCAGCAGACCUGGUGUCUCCAGCUGAUGAUUUGUUCUUGUCUGAAGUUUCAGGAGCAUCUGGAAGCGGGAAGAAGGAGUCUGGUUGUGUGACAGCAGCCCUUGGCAACACGUGGAGUCACAGCGUCAACACCAGGCUCAUACUGCAAUACCACGAAUUGCCAACAAGACAGAUCCUGGUUGCAAAAUCCCCUGUUGCUCCAUUUUCCGUUUUUUUCUACACCAUUGAGAAAUCAGGCUUGGUUCUUCAAGGCAUCUCCUUGGGAUGGCCCGGAGAGGCAGCCGGGGGACAGGGGAAUUCAGUUUCCAUGACUCAUUCAUUCCUGGGCUGCUCUGUGGAAACAGCCAACAAGUGGUCGAUUGGUGGCAAUUGUCAUGGAGAGUUUGUGAUGUGGAUACUCAGACCAUCAGCAUAUUGCACAAGAGCCAUUCAAGAGCCUUUCCUCUUCAGAUGGAACUGGGAAACCAGGCAGGCUGGAUUCCUGACCAUCCCUCACUUUCGGUCAUGGGGAAGAACAGAUCAGUCUCAAUCCCACCAGAGGGACUACAUGCAACAGACAAGCUAAAACUGAAGUGACCCACGCUUCUGUCAGCUCUGGCCUAUUCACAAUUUAUCUCCACAUACCAGAAGAAAGGUGGAAAAAGUACAUUUUAAAAACCCUGAUUAUAGAAAUUAUAAUAUUAAAGUCUGCUGUCUAUCAGUUUUCGAUAUGCCAAUGAAUAAAAAGCCCAUUUCACUACCCAAAUACGUCCUCCAGGACCCAGUAGGGAAGUAUAGCACCUGUGUGAAAAGAGCAGCAGUUUAUGUGGCAGCAAAAUCUUGAGCUGACACAGGCAGUGUGUACAAACUGUACAAGCCCGCAGCCCUGUGAAGAGCGGUGAGAGGCUGGGUAGGACGGCACUCAGAGCAACGCAAGGGCGUUGGGUUUUUCCAUCCCCCAGAGGAGAUGAACUCAGCGUAGCCUUUGAACUUCUUCAGGCCUUUUAGAAAGUAACUCAUUGCGAGCUUUUCAGCACAUGGAGGAGAGGAGAUGCUGGCUGUGCAAAGAAGGAGGGAGGCAGAGCUGGGGGGGCACCAGGCAGGAGCAGAGCUCCCCAUUUGGACAUGCUGGAGGAGCUGGGUGGGCUUCCACAGCUGGAACCCACCCCAGACAGGCUGCUGUCUGUCACUUUGCUGAGUUUAUUGCUGUGAUGACUUGCACAUUUUGAAGCCCAUCUUGUGUUCCCUGCUGUCUGUCCUGUAGAGAAAGCAUCAAAUGCACUUUGUAUCUGAUCUGAACUGAGAACCCCAUCUCACGCCCUCUGACGUUGCUCACCCAUGCCUUGCUCCCGCCUUUUGUGGUAUUCGAGGCUUAAUUGCCUGUAGUUUUAUCAGCCUAAGUGGUUAUAAUUGCUAAUCAUGUUGCAUGUGACAACAUAGUCAUAUGCUGAAUUAGAAAAAAUAUUGAAAGAGCAGAUAGAGGUGACUUAGUAAACAUUCUGUGGGUCAUCCAUAUUUUUACACCAGUUUUGAUGAGGCUUCCUACAAGGAUUGCCAGAGGACUGUAAGUAUCACCAGCCAAGCUCUUGGAGUGCGAAGUAUGACAGGCCAAGAGUCUGCACCAGAUUUAGACCCAGAGUGAUCCAGCAUCCCAGAGAGAGGAUCACCACCUCCUCUUUCUCAGGACAGAACUUCACUCCACAGUGGUGGCCACUGGUGAGAAACGUUGGACAGCUUAAAUUGCAAGGGCUUGGCAGAGCAAUUCAGAACUGUGGAGCUCACAGCAAGAGGCCUGAGGACCAACACCAGGACAGCAAGCAAGCCAGCUGCUGCCACAAAAGGGAGAUGAACGUUUGUGAUGAAAAUGGACUGCUUCUUCUUCCCCUACACACUCGCCCUUUGGAAGUGAGCUGAUCAGUGAGGUCACAGGGCCAAAAUCUACAGCUGAUUUUUUUUAGGGCUGGAUAAUUUUAUGGCCACUGUUAAGUGCUGUAAUUUAUGUAAACUAAGUUAAUGAUAAGUGGAAACAACUCGACUCAUGUUUAAAAGCCUGUGUUCCCUGGGGACAAGGAUGAGCACUUCUCUUUCAGGAAGGAAAGCUGAAGGGCAGGAGCAGAGCUUCUUCUGAAUGCCUGACAGAGGGGCAGCUGCCCAAGGAUCCUGUCUGCCUUGGAGCAUGGCACUCCAAUCAGAGCUACAUAUUCCUACAUGCAUUCCCACACAUGCAGCUCAGCAGAGAUAAAUUCCCAAGAAUUUCCAAAAAAAAAAUAUCAAACAAAACAAAACAAAAACAAACAAACAAAGAAACAAACAAAAACAGAGGAAGAACAGCAUCAAUGAGAGCAGAAUCAUGAUGAAAAUGAAAGUACAAGGGUGGAUUUAGGAUACCCUGUGCAUGGAAGAGACACGGGAAGAGAGCAGUGGAAAGGUUUGGGGAAGCAGAUUCCCUGAGACCAGGCUGAUGAAGAGUGCAGCAGGGACUUUAUCUAGAAGCUGGGCUCUAGUCUUAUUAGCCAAAGGGGAUGGGGCAAGAAGUUAAUGGCUGUAAACCUCACGAGGAGACAUUCGGGUUAAAUAUUAGGUUAAAUUAAAGAGAAGUUAGAACAGCCUGAGCGGUGAACCACUCUGACAUGGGACCGCUGUGGAAGCAUCGGUGCUGGAGACAUUCAAGGCUAACACAAGUCAACUGUCUGUGCCGGAGAGGUGGUUUGGGGAUAAUGAGAUCAGUCCUGUCAUAGUUAAGAGUGAAGGUCUAGGUGACUCACUAGAAAUCCCUGCCUAACCUGGAUGAUACGCUGAUAACCCCACGGGCCGCCUGUCUCCAGCCUCCAUCACGGGACCGCUGGCCUCCUCCAGCUGCCUGCCCUCAAGUUCUCCCAGGCUGCUAGCUUUAGAAACAAACUUUCAGAUGGUUUAGAAACAUUUCCAGUUCUGUUUUCAUUCACAUAUAAAGUGUUUUGCUGGUCAGAAAAGUGCCAGAAGAAGGAAAAUAUCUUGGUCAGCAGAUUCAGUCUAUGAAUCCAAAGCCGCACCACCUAAAUUUAGAGGAAAAUAAUUUUCUGCAGUUCUCCUAGCUGUUUUGGCUGUGCAGCCUCAAGAGAGGGUGAUUUAGAUUUGUUUGUAGCUUUUCAGUCCCCUGAUAAAUGUAUAGGUCAUGGGGAAAAUAGGGUUUAUUGUAAGCAUAGCACACAAGACCUGAGGCCAAGAGAAAAUAAGCAGGCAACCUCUUUGCAUAUUUUUAGUACUGUCUCUUUUCCAAGCAGAAGUACACCUUUGCACCUUUUACUCUCUCAUGUUGGCCUUGGACAUAACCUUUCUUUGUUUCUUGUGACUGCAAUGGCUUAGUAAGCCAGGACUUUGCUAGUGUCCCAGAUCCCUUGCAGCAUCUCCGGAGCUGAGAACACGGUAUAUUCUCUCACUGUAGCUAUAAUCAGGGCAAACCACGAUGGCUCCCACAUUAGACUGCUUGAGAAAUCUCUUUAUAGCAAACACAGCAAGAGCUUCAAGAAAUAACUUCAUUGGUGUUUGUUCCAUAUAGUUUAAUGUCUCCUUAGGGGCCGUGGCUACUAUCCCAAAAAACAUUUCUAUGGCUUGCGUGGCUACAUCCUUUUCCUGUGAAUCAACGUUGGCAUCUGCUCAUCCAGAGCAUUCAGGAGAAAUAUUUGCUGUUGCCUGGAGACUAAGACAGGAGAAAAAGUAUCGGGAGCCCUAAAUUAUUUUUGCAGCUCUUCCUCUGAUCCCAUGCCACUCCCAGACAAUCCCCUUCACUUAGCAGUUGUGUAUCUUGCGGGUUCUUCAACCUGGGGAAUAGGUACAGUUAUACUCACCAAGUGCCCAAAAUACUUGAGUCCUCCCAGGCUUUCACGUGAAAGGAAUCACGUAGAAGUAUAAAAUACAUCUUCUACAUGGGCCAAAGGGACUCUGCCCAUCUUUGUCAGCAUUGUCAUUACUUGCACUUGCUGUCCUCUCCAGGAGGGAGAUAAACCCUGGGGAGACAGAAGGGUUGCACUAAAAACUGGCCUUUCACAUCGCACCAAAAACCGCUGGAACAUGUGGGGGAUGAGGGAACUUCCUUCCACCCAGAGGUGCAAGAAAACUCUGGAGCUGGCAGUCACGUGUUGCACACAGCCUCACAACCCACAGGAUCCCGCAUGGAAAAAUUUCACUUCCAUGUGUUGACUGAGUUAAUGUGGUGGGGUUAGUGGGCGGACAUAAAAUGAAACUAUGAAAAGAGAUUAAUUUGCAGCUGAAGCCCAGGCAGGGAGAAUGCCGGUCCUCUGUUUGCUCAGAAAAUGGCAGUUUUCUGAAAGAAACCCAGUUGAAAAGAAGAGGUUAAGGCAGCGGUAGUAAAAAAUCAAAACCAGGGGAAAAAAAAAAAAAAAAAAGCAAAAGUUAAGAAAAGCCUCUCUGGAAAUUAAGAUGUGGAAUUCAAAACAUUUGCAGGAUAAUAAACCCAACCGAGCCCAUAAAGCUGCACCAGCCAAAAGGAGGUCUGUUCUGCCUACGAGGAAACACGAAACCGCGUCAUGCCUGGCAGCAGCCGCCCCAUAGUCCCGUUUCCUCCCCGCUUUAUUGCAGAAUUGUGCUGCUGGGUGCCCUCGGCUAUGUUUAACGCAGCGUCUGUUUCCACUCUAACCCCUUCGCUUUGGAGGGGGAGGAUAUAAAUCAGCUGCGGAGCUGCCCACAGGGCUUAGUCACAGCAGGUAUUGGUUUAGGGUGUCUUAGAGGAACUUUUUUUUCUUUCUUUCUUUCUUUUUUUUUUCUUUUUUUUUUUUUUUUCUGGAAGUAUUCUAGGGAAUAAGUGCAAGCUUUGUGAGGAACAGGCAUUGCUUCAUGGGCCAGAGUCUCCAGACAAAGGACAUUUUACAUCACCCGCCAGAAUCAUCUUCUAACGUUUUGGGCUGAGCACAGCCCCAAGCACAGGGCGCUGUUCUGCAGGUUCCCAGAAGAUGUUUGCAGAGUCCCUGCCGAGCAAGUCUCAUGGUCCUUCCUGGCAUUCCUGGUCCCAGGACCAUGCUGGAGCCAUGUCUGGGCAUACGCUGGCCGUGCACCUCUUUCCUUCGCAGCCUCCCAAAGCCUCUUGCUCCAGACUCGAGCACAGGCCGGAUUUCCCCAGCGCCGGCCACACAAAUUGUAGUAAUUAGCAAGUGUAAAGGGCACGCUGUGGUUUUCACAUGUAUUACUGCAUCUUACUGCUCAUUCAUAUCCUUGGGCAUGCUCAUCAGAUAGCAUCCAGUCAGCAAUGCUAUCCAGGCCCUUCCCUAACACUGCUGUUUCUGAGGCCCACUGGAGAGAUGCAGUUAUCAGUGUUCAUGCAUCCAACCACCAGCAGCUGAGCCUCCAGCCUCAAGGCAGUACGGCUUCUCUCACCCUUCCAGCCCCGUGUUGUGUGGACCUGAUCUCUAGCUCUUCCCCUGCUCCCCAUCUCCAACCAUGACCCCUUCAAUUCCUGUCCCACUGCCACAUCUUGGCCUGGCACGGCCUGGUUUUCCCUGUGUGGUUCACAACAGCAGCUCCCCGGCCCCUUUUCAGACCAUGCCCUCCUUGUGCAGGAGCCAUACGGACUGGAAGUCCAGGCCAGCUUUUAACAGUCUUCCAGGUGUAUUUCUACUCUUCUCAGUUUCUCUGCUAGCUCUUGCCUCUCUGCCUCCCCUCUCAAUUUCACUAUUAUGCCAAUAGGGCAAAUUCUGUCAGGACCAGAAAAUUUGAGCAUUUCAGGCUUUUUUAAAAUAGUAUUUUACUGUUACUUGCAACCCUGGCACACCACAAACCUAUCUAUAAGUGGUUUGAAGUAAGGGUUGGCCUAAACCAGACUGCAAUGUUCCCAAUUACCUUCAAAAACAACAGCAAAGUAAGCCUAUUUUACUUUGCACCCCUCAGCUACAGAGGCAUUUGGGAAAUAAGAAGGCCUCUGUUUCUGCAGUCCCCAGCUGCAAAACUAAAGAUGUUUUUGGUAAAAAAAGACACAACUGGCCCAUAGCAAGGGAGUAGAUGGUGUAGUCACUGGGACACCUUCAGCUGCGUAGGAAUUAGGAAGGAGGGAGGCAGCUACUGGAGUGGGAUCUGAGCCACCUGGAGCUCUGCAGAUCAAAGUCACUGUGUUCCUCCUGACAGAGGCAGCUGGCAACGGCAGCCGUACGUGCUGACUGCAAUUUCCAAAGACAGCCAGACGUGUUGAAGGUGGAUAGCUCUAGAGUCACCUGACUCCAAGGCCAAAAAAAUAAUAGCUAAUGCCUGCAGCCUGAAGGCAUGGACCCAAGUUUCUCACCAGUAGAACACAGGGAGCAUCCAUGAAGCACAUGAGCCAUCCAUGAAGCCAGAGCCACUGCAGGAUCCCCCUGUCCUGCAGUAAGAGCUGUAAGUACAACCUGAAAAGUAUACCAAGGCACCCACUGCCGUGCCACCGCAUGUGGGAUAAGAGGUAUCUCAUCCUCAUGGGUGCUUCUCUCUGCCCUCAGACACCAGGCACUUCAGGACCAACCAUGCCAGCACAUGGGCCAGGCCCUUCAUCCUGGCCACUCUGAGAGUCCUGUGCAAUAAAUUAAUGAGCCAGAGCAUGGCCGAGCCCUCAAGUCAGAGGAAUGUGCCCCUCGAAACCAUCCUUCCAAGAAAGGCUGUUUACUCUUCUGAGCCUUGGAUAGGGUAUUACACACACACGGCCAACUGCUAGGGGAAACAUGCUAACCUUAGGAGAAAUAGCAUGGACAACUCAUCCACAGCACAGCCGGACUAGCUGCUGCCAUAUACCCGAGCCACCAGUGAAUGACAAUGAUCAGGCAAAUCCCCACGUUGCUGGAGGCUCUCAUGUACACACUCUCUCUUAUAAACUAUUACAGAAAGUAAACUUCUGAUACUGCCUGCUCAGCUCUUCUCUGUUCCCCAUGUGGCCUAGCUCAAGGUUAGUUUCAAAAAGCAAAACAUCAAGUGACAGAGCAUUUAUCAUUGAUAAGCUCAUAGAAGAAAAACAGUGCUGGCAUCCCAGAACCAGUGCCCUAGAAAGACAAGGGAAGUAUAUGAGUACCAUGAGCAAAGACCUACUUUCAGCACAGCUUCCCAGUUGCUUGUCUUACCAAUAGCACCCCGAGACUAAUACAGCUAUUUUCUUCAUAAAUUAUUAACUGGGCAAAGACUAUUUGUUUGAAGAGCUGCACAGAAAGUCCAAAGAGGAAGCGAACAGUUUCAAGCCCCACAUGCACACCCAUGACAGGCGUGGGAUCCUCUCCAGAUCAGAUAUGCCUGGCUCGUCAGGGGCUGACGGCUCUGCUCCCAGCAGCUGGGAAGGAGGCAGGCCCGGGCACUUGCUGCAGCUGGGCACGGGUCUUCCAGGCAGGGGCACAUCUCUCACGUGAGGCCCUGGCUGCUUUCACUCGCAGGAGGUAUAUGAAGACCGCUGAGCAGCACCGGGGCUGUGCCCAAGGCUCUUCUCUUGCAUGCUGUGCGCUAGUUACAUCAGCAUCUGCCAAGAAAACUCCCCGUGCAGCUUUUGUACUGCUCAUGGGAACCAGCUCCUACCAGCCACGCUCUUCUUCCACCAUCUUUCCUCCACCUAACUCGCCUUUAUUGCCAGACCACACAAGAAAGAGCGUUGCACAAAGCCAGCAGCAGGGAAGGUAUGUCGGUGUAAGCCUUGAGGUAUCCUGCAGCUUUUGUUUUGCAGGAACUUUUCCAACUUGAAUUAGGAAACGUCUCUCCUUAACGUUGAGGCAUGUCAAGACAACUGAGCAAGCCGUGGUUCGGCAGCAAUAUUCCACCCCUGAUUUGGAAGAGAGCUGGAACAGCUUCAGAUGAAGAGCACCAAGCUUUCUCCAGAGGAAAGCUCAAAGGUGAAGAAAACAAGAAGGGCACUGUGAGCAGCACUGGCAAAGUAGUGUCCCUAAAUAAAAACACAGGUUUCAGGGACUGUUUUCUGGGAUGUUUCUGGGAUUGGUGACCGAUGUUCCAACAGCUAUGGGGCCCUGAGUGCCAUUGCAGGAUCACUCGUACACACACUGAGACUUUGCUGGGGGCCCACAUCCUUCCCCCUUGCAAAAUGCCAGACAGCCACUCUGCCACAAAGGCCCAACACCACUAACAAGCUGGGCCUGAUGUUUGGUAAACUCACAGUUCAGCAUCGCCCUAGAACCUCUCACAGGACAGUACAGGCUGUCCUCCAGGGGAAAGGGGCUGCUCCUCACAGCAGGAACAAAAGCCAGUCCAAAGUUUGAGCUACACCAACCAAAAAGAAGUUUGCAGGAACUGACUGAGCAACUCAGGAUGGGGGGAGGACUCCCUAAGAGACAGAGAGGGUUAGAGGCCAUGGGACAAGCCACACCAGGUGCCCACUGACAUUGACCUGCACACCCAUGUGCUUGAUGGGGCCAACCGGCUCCAUCAGUGAGGUGCAAAGGGUGCCUGAGCACGUGGUGGGCAUCGCAGGGGUGAAAAGGAGAGAAGUAGCUGCAUUUGAGUGGUUCUCUAAAACCAGCGCCUCGAUUUUUGCAAGUAAAACCAGCUUCACUUGUCAGUUUCUUGAAAAAACUUGGGGUUUAUUGAUUUAAACUGCAAACAGUCGUUACAAAAGAGAUUCUCUUUUAAAUAAACUCACACAAAGAGGAAGAAAAAGCAAUGUAGUGAACAGUAACAGGGGAAAAAAAUUACAUUCAUUAUUCUCUUUGUGCCAGUCCCGUUCACCUCGGCAAGGAAAACUCCAAACUUGGAAUACAGAAAACGCAAAGACAAACUGUAUUUGGAAUGUCUUCAGAUAGGCACUUUGAGCCCAAGGCUUUUCUCCUUGAAGAAACUAUACAGAAAGAGGAAGAAAAAGGUCUUCCUCCCACGCUGUCUCGCAACAGAGCUCAGGUAUGUACAUUCUAAAGCCCACAUAGGCAAGACCCAGGGGAGGGGAAGAGAAGAGGAAAGGCAAAGAAGCACAUGAACUCAAUUUGCAGUCCAACACAAAAAAAAAAAAGGGGGGGAGGAA